GGUGUUCCCCCAUCAGCCACGCCCCCUCCCCAGGAGAUGAAGGCAGGGAUCACAGGCAGGAGACAGUACCCUCAGAUGCCUCAAACAUAUGGACAGCCUCCAUCUCAGCAAGUUCAAGGUUAUGGACAGCCUCCAUCUCAGCAAGGUCAAGGAUAUGGACAGCCUCCAUCUCAGCAAGGUCAAGGAUAUGGACAGCCUCCCCUUCAGCCCCCAGGACAGGGGUUUGGUCAGCCAUCCCCCACCCACAGGUCCUGGAAUAAUGGGGGGUCCUUACACCCAGCAGCCCCACGGGGGAUUUACCCCAGGGAGUACACCAGGGUAUCCACAGCCCCAGGGACAGACGGGACAGAUGGGCAAUAGUAUGCCCUAUGGAGAUGGCCUCAACUCUAGUUUUGGCAAACUAAAUUUCCAGUCACCAGAGUCUAGAGUUGUGAAUUUACUACAAGAGCGCAAUGUGAUUCCUCCAGAUGGCGUGGAGACAGUAAAACCCAACCUGGCUCCUGAUUUUAAAAAGCUCAACUGUAGUCCAGAUAUAUUUAGAUGCACACUGACUACCAUACCACAGAGUCAGUCACUGCUGAAUAAAGCACGGCUACCACUGGGUAUAUUAAUUCACCCAUUUAAGGAUUUGACACAACUGCCAGUUAUCCAGUCCAGUGUCAUCGUGCGCUGUCGGUCGUGUAGGACGUACAUUAAUCCAUUUGUGGCUUUCAUAGACAAUAGAAGGUGGAAGUGCAACUUGUGUUAUAGGAUCAAUGAAGCCCCUGAAGAGUUCCAGUAUGACCCAGUUAGUAAAACUUUUGGGGACCCAAUGAGAAGGCCAGAAAUGAAAUCAGCAACGAUUGAAUUUAUAGCCUCCUCAGAAUACAUGCUGCGGCCUCCCCAGCCAGCAGUAUAUUUGUUUCUGUUGGAUGUAUCAUUUAAUGCAAUAUCAACAGGGUACUUGUCCUCAUUUUGCCAAAUUCUGGACGAUGAACUGGACCGUAUUCCUGGCGAUGCCCGCACACUGGUGGGCUUUAUAACCUACGACUCCUCUUUAUACUUCUUCAACUUAUCUGAAGGACUUUCAGCGCCUCAGCUACUGGUGGUGUCUGAUAUUGAAGAUGUAUUUCUGCCUAUGCCUGAUGGUCUUCUAACAAACUUAAGGGACUGUAAAGACUUGGUCAAAGAUCUGUUGAGUCAGUUACCCAAGAUGUUUGAAGGCAACAAGGAAACCAACAGUGCCCUGGGGGCAGCUAUGCAGGCGGGGCUUAAAAUGAUGACAGCCACUGGGGGUAGGAUAUCAGUAUUCCAAACCUGUCUGCCUUCAGUAGGGCCUGGGUCACUGCAAGCCAGAGAGGAUCCCAACGCUAGGGCUGGCAAGGCUGUAGCCCACCUAGGCCCUGCCACAGACUUUUACAAGAAGUAUGCACUGGACUGCUCUGCUCAGCAGAUAGCAGUGGAUAUCUUCUUCCUCAAUGGGCAGUAUGCAGACAUAACGUCUAUAGCUUGUGCAUCCAAGUUUUCAGGGGGUGACCUCCACUACUACCCCAUGCUGCACUCUGUGGCGAAUCCCGCUGAGGUGGAGAGGUUUGAGAACGACCUGAGGAGGUAUCUGACCAGAAAGAUAGGGUUUGAGUCUGUGAUGAGAGUAAGGUGCACAAAAGGUUUAAGUAUCCAUACCUUUCAUGGUAAUUUCUUUGUGAGGUCCACGGAUCUCCUUAGCUUACCCAACAUCAACCCAGACGCUGGCUUUGGCAUGCAGGUUUCCAUAGAGGACAAUUUGCAUGAGAGUUCCACAGUGAGUUUUCAGGCAGCUCUCUUGUAUACGUCCAGUAAAGGGGAGAGAAGGAUCCGUGUCCACAACUUGUGUUUGCCAGUGACCAACCAGUUGACUGAUGUCUUCUCUGGUGCUGACCAGCAGGCCAUAGCAGGAUUGCUGGCUAAGAUGGCUGUGGACAGGUCGCUCAGUUCUAGUCUGAUGGAUGCCCGCGAGGCUAUGGUUAACGCUUGCAUGGACGCAAUCAGUGCAUAUGCCAGCAGUAUUCCAGCCUCUCAAAGGAUAGGCACCCUUCCUUGCUGUUACUCUAUUAGGUUACUCCCAAUGUAUACACUGGCCUUGCUCAAGUCUGCUGCCUUCAGGGUUGGAGUAAGCACAAAGUUGGAUGACCGUGUGUUCUUUAUGGAGAUGUGCAAGUCUUUACCUCUUAAUUAUAUCUUGUUAAAGCUGUAUCCCAGUAUGUACCCUGUGCACAAUCUGGAGGAUAAGAAUUCCAUCAGUAAGGAUGACCAGAUGAUUCCUCAACCUCCACAUCUUCAGUUAUCCUCGGCCAACCUGGACAGACAGGGCGUUUUCCUGCUGGACGCUGGGGACGAAAUGUUUCUGUAUGUGGGCGGGGCCGUCAGUGACCUCUUUUGUCAGGAGGUCUUGGACAAACCUAACUUUUUGUCAGUGCCAGACGGAAUGACUGAUCUUCCUGAACUAGAAAACCCAACAUCUGAGCGGCUUAGGAAUUUUAUCAAUUAUUUACAAGAUCAGAGACCUUUUCACUCCAAGUUCUUAGUUGUCAGGGAAGACAGCAAAGCUAGAAUGCAAUUCUUCAAAUACAUGGUUGAAGAUAAAACAGAAGCCAGUAUGUCUUACUAUGAGUACCUUCAGAGUAUACAAAAGCAGUUGAAAGGAUGAACAAUCAACAAUAGGACUUUACUGUACUCCACUUGGGACAAUUUCCCAAGAAAAGUGUCAUUUUAAAGCAGUUCUGCUGGGACAGGUGACCACAUGUUGUUUACAAAGCAGGCAAAGUUUCUACAGUGAUUUGGUCAUUUAAAACUGCCAAAAUGAAAUAUAUAUAUAUAUAUAUAUAUAUAUAUAUGAAAGGGUUAAAGAUGCAUGGUCCAAUGAUAUACUGCAGAAAAAUCACUACCUAGGAUCUGAUUAACAAGUUCCUGGCAUGAAAUCUUGUGUGAUGGUGUGAUAAGCUACAUUGAUUGAAGUAGUAUCUGUGAUGGAUGGACAGAGAUGCAUGUCCAUUUUGUAUAUAUACAUAAAAAUGAAUUAACCAUGAAAUAUUGACCAGAACCUGCCUGUUUGCUUCAGAACUGACAUUUAGUAAGCUUCAAAUAGGGUGAAAAUUCCC